UUGAUUUUCUGUUUUUGUAUUUAGUUUUUAUUUUUAUCUUUUGCUAAUUUGUUUGCUUAGAAUCUUAUUUUCAGGUACAAUAAAUCACUCGUUUUGCGUGUGCACAAUUGGGAAUAAGAGGUAAGUCUCUUAACGAGUUGUGGGCAUAAUUUUUAGCGAGAUGAAUCCUUUUGGGAACAACGUAUAUGGUUCACAAGACCAUCCAUACUAUGAUGUCUAAUGAAUUCAUGGAUUUGCAACGUACAUGGAACCAGAUUGACCAACUCCCAACGUGUCGAGUUUCGUACCUAGUGAAACAUAUGAUAGUGUAUUUAGACCUGUUCCGGAUAGUACUUAUGAUCUUUCACCCAUUCAACGGGAAGAGACAUGGUAUGAAGAACCUAUUGUGAGUAGUAGCGGAAAACGUGUUAACAUAAAGAAACUCUUUAGACAAUAUGAGCGGUUGGAAGAAGAGGGAGCAAUGGAAGAGACUCUUCAAGCAAUUUCUAGGGCCAUACACAUGGAGGUUAACCGCCGUGUUAAUAAUGGAGAAGAGCCCCAAGAAGAAGAUUCCGAGGAUGAUGAACCUUUGGAAAAUAUUGAUAAUGGAGGUGCUACUAGCUCAACUCAUGAUUAUAAUGAUCAUUUUCCUAUUCGAAAGGAAGAAGUUGAGUCUAGAAACACAACCAUUAUUGAUGGUAAGACUUAUGUUGUGUAUGAGAGCGAUGAUGAUUAUGACUUCUUUGUGAAUAACACCCCUAAUUCAGAGAUUGUGAAUACUUUGAAUGAGAAGUCAACUUGUGACGAGGCACAUAAGGAUUACGAAAAUUUGCUUAUGGAAGAUUCUGAUUUCUUUUCCGAUGAGGAGGAAAGUGAUGAAGAAUGGCUCGUAAAGAGUUUGAAUGAGAAUUGUGAUACUUGUGAUGUAGGAGAAUCAAUGGACUUUUUCAGAAGUACUGAGGAUCCCGUAAUGCGUGAGAUUAUGCGAGGUUUGUCUAACCCUUUAUAUGAGUCUCUAUCUAAUGAUGAUCCGCCCAAACUUGAAGUAGUUUCUCAUAGAGUUGGUAAUCCAUCUUUUAGGAAAAUACCUCAUUUGGGGAUGGAAUUAUGUGCUUCAAAAGUUUUAUCCGAAUUUCUUGCAUCCAAGUAUCCACCAUAUGCGUUUGAGUCUAACACCAUGCAGGUUUGCCGAGAGGAACGAGACGAAGUUCCUUCCACUUAUAUUUUGUAUACACUUCCGAGUGUAGAAAGGACUAAGUGUGAGGGUGACUCUCGUGGGAUGAUAGUUUCAAUUUUUCCAUUAUUUGCUAAUAUUUGUGUGAAGCUUUUGCUAUAUAUGCAAAUUGUUUUGUGGGUGGAUCCUCAAAUUUUCAAAUUGUUGAUAUAUGGGGAGUCUAUUUUGAAUAUUACUCGUAUGCGUCAAUCAGGUGAACAAUUCCAAUUCUUAUUUCCUUGUCUGUUUCAAGUAUUCCUCUUAUUCUUUUUGCAAUGGUUUGAAACAUUGAGGACAAUGUUUGAUUUAAGUGUAGGGGUAGUGUAUAAUAAGAAGGAAAAAAGUUGACGUAUACAAAACUCUAACUUUUAGAGAUUUUUGAACAAUUUAGAACAAACACUAGCCUUUCUAAGUAGAUGGAAUUUUUUCUUGACGAUGAGGUAUAUAUUAGCUGAGUCGGGAUUAAAUGUCAAUUAAAUAACUUGUUUAGUGUUUAUCCUCUAUUGUUCAGAAAUAGUUAUGAGUUGGAGUAUCAGUUUAUGUAAUUUGUAUAUAAUUUAUAGAGUU